AUGACUCUUUGGCUUGGAAACACUGUUUACCUCUAUAUAUCUGUUGCAUUUGCUCAAAUGUUGAAAGCAAUCGUGUCAGUUGUUGUUUUCAUUCUUAGUGUAGUAGCUGGACUCGAAAUAAUGAGCUACAGGAUGCUUCUUAUAAUGUCAGUGAUUAGUUUCAGUGUACUGAUAGCUUCAUAUGGGAAAGUAAAUAUUAGCUGGGUCGGUAUUUUCUACCAAAUGGAAGAUGUCAUUGGAGAAGUUUUGAGGCUAAUAUUUAUGGAGAUUUUGGUGAAAAGGGAGGGUCUCAAAUUAAAUCCCGUAUCUGUGAUUGCUAUUUGCCUCUUAAUUCCCUGGGUCUUUCUAGAGAAGUUGAAGAUGAAUGCACAUGGGACCUGGAACUUCAAACCUCUUAUCCCGACUCUUAAUUCUCUUUGUACUUUUUCCCUCAAUCUUUCAGUUUUUCUCGUCAUCUCGCAUACAGGUGCUUUGACUAUUCGUGUGGCAGGAGUCGUCAAGGAUUGGAUUGUAGUUCUACCAUCGGCCAUUCUUUUUGCUGAUACAAAACUGACACUUAUCACCACAGCAGCCCUCUUUGCCCUGACUCCAACAUGGCGCUUAUUAGUUCGUUCUAAACACAGUUUGUCAUAUGCCUUGAAUGACUUCAUCUCCUCUGUGACCUUGACAAGCUCCACAGUUGGCUUCUCCCGUACAAUUGGCAUGUAA